GUUUCAGAUUAAGCCCUUAAAUUCGCCCAAUGUCAAACAAAAAUUAAACCAGUAAGAAGAAAUGAUAAUAUUGCGGCAAAAGCAUUAACAAGCACAAAGACUAGUCGGAAAUGAACUUAAUGUUCUGGGUUUAAUGAAAUGAAAUGUUGAGCUGAAUUAUAGAACUAUUUACAUGAACUGAUCAAAAUAAGAGAUACACAAAAAGUGGGCUGCUUCCAGUGUCACGCUUCUAACAUGGCAAAGACAGAAAAACAAUUUAACCCUAAGGAGAUUCUGCGUGAAUUUUCUGAGAAUGCAACACCGCAUGGGCCUGGACUGAUUGCUAACUCAAAAACGACAGUCGGAAAGCUUAUUUCCGUUUGCAUAUUGUUAACAUGUACGGGAGCUGCUGUCGUAAAUAUUGGCUUUCAACUGAACUCUUUUUUUAAGUUCCAGUACAAAGAUACUAUCCAAGUUGACAACGUAGUCAUUGAGAUGCCGUCUGUCACAAUAUGUCCUACAUUAGGGUUUUCAAGGAUGAAAUACAUAAGCUACAACUUUAGUGGAGAAACAAGUGUGAAUAUAUGGAGUGCAAUCCCUAUAAACUACCAACUGUUAAAGGACCAUAGCCAUGAAAACUUCUCACAAUUUGAGGACUUAUUUAUUACUGGGUCAAUAGCACUAGACAAUAUGUUGACAGAGGACAGACUUGACGUUGGCCAUGAUCUAGAUGGUUUAAUAAUCAAAUGCCGUUUUGCAGGUAGAGAUUGUAAUACUAGUCACUUCGGUCAAUUUCUACAUCCUGAAUUGAACCACUGUUAUACUUUCAAUGGCAAAGAUGUCAACAUGGAUAUUGACACACGGAUUAAGGCAAGCACUACGGAUGCUGGUCUCCACCUUAAGAUAUUUCUUGAUGCCUUUAUCCCAGAGAUUUUACCAUAUGGUUCGUACUUUAACGAAGAUGUCAUUACAAGUGGCAACAUCGGCCUUCGCGUAACAGUACACCCAAAAGACACUAUAACUUUCCCGAAAGCUACUGGUUUUGACAUUCCACCGGGAUACGCUUCAACUAUCACUUUAAAGCAACACAAGAUAGAAAGACUGGGACUGCCCUAUAGUGAAUGUACCAACCGAAAGCUACUGGAAGGAACCAAAUAUGCCUACACCCAAGCAGGCUGUCAAGCGCAAUGUUUUCAAAAGAACUUAAUGAAAACUUGUGGUUGCGUAUCGAGCUGGCACCCCAUACCUCCAAAUAACACACUUAAGAUAUGCACAAAACUAGAUAGCGAAAACAUUUACAAAGAAAUGGUUUAUUUCAUGAAUUUAUCAACCUCUCGUGGAAACAUGGAUAUUUUAUCAAAAGACUUUACACAUUUAGGUUGUUUAACCAAAACAGUGAAUGAAAAGAUGGAAACCCCACUGAACUGCGAAGAAUGUCUGCCAGCGUGCAAGGAAAUAUCCUACUCGAAAAGUAUUUCUCAAGCAUACUGGCCGGAUGAGGUGAUACAGGGUUUUAUCUUAAAAAUGAUACUACAAUCACCCGAGAGAAAUACCCGGGGACAGCAGAUGAUACAAAAGUAUAUUAACUUUUCCGAGAUUGAGAGAAACCAUUAUCAAAUAACCAAUCGAACGCACGCUGACACCAUCCGAAAAAACAUGGUAUCCUUGAGUAUAUCUUUCGGUGAUCUGAGUACGGAAGUUACGAAACAAAAAGUUGAGUACGAAGGAGCGCAACUUUUAUGCGAUAUAGGUGGCGCUUUGGGUCUCUAUAUUGGGGUUAGUUUUAUCUCACUUUGUGAGGUUGGAAAACUUCUUAUGCGACUGUUAAGGUAUGCAUUUUGCAGAACAAGUACAAGUAGAAUAGAGGCAACAAGUGCUGAAAACUGAUAAAAUCAAGCUAUUAUAUCAAAGUUUUGCCCUUUGCUAGCAUACAGUUGGUUGCUAUAGCGAAUGACUUUUAACAACAGAUACUACAUGUAUAUGUAAUUCAACAUUACAGUAAAACCUGUCUAAGUGAACACCUUUCUCUU